AUGCCUGCAAAUCGAGUUAAACGUUCUGUGGAAGAUGAGAGGCUUUUUCAAAAAUCAAAACGUAUGAGAAAUACUUUAGCUCAAAGAGAACGCAGACAAAAACUAGCAUUGCAAUUAGAAUAUAAUAGAUUCAAUAUUCAAGUUGAAGAUAUUCAAGAAAAUUAUAUUGGAAAAAUGGAUAUUCUUUGUAAAAAUUGCAGUGCGAGACAUUUCCAAGUAGAAGAAGUGAAUAAUAAAAAAACAUUCAACGAUUGCUGUAGUCAUGGUGAAGUAAAUCUCGAACCAUUACCUGAUUCACCAGAUUUAAUAAAAAAUUUAUUCAACGGUUCUCAUGAAUUUUCGAAAAAUUUUCAUGAACGAAUACGAUCAUACAAUAAUGCUUUUGCUUUUGCAUCUUUCAAUGCAAAUUUAAUAAAUUUUCCGUCUAAUAAUCGACCAGGUCCUUAUUGUUUCAAAAUUCAUGGCCAAAUAUAUUAUCAAAUUAAUACAUCUUUAUAUCCAAGUGGAGAUGAUAUUCCUUCAUUCGGUCAACUUUUUAUUGUCGAUCAGAAUGAAGCAACUAACGUUAGGUCACAAUUUAACAAAGAUUCGUGUUUAAAUAUGGAAAUUAUUGAAGCUAUAGGCAAUACUCUUUGUGAGAUUAAUGUAUUUGCAAAGUCAUAUCAGAUGAUGCAUGAAGAAUUACAGCAAACAAUCAAUGACGGUCAAGAAGAAACAGAAAUGCGAUUAAUAUUUUCUACGAAACCUGGUAAAGAUGCAAGACGAUAUAAUGUGCAAAAAAUAAAUGAAGUUGCGGCAAUUUUUACUACAACUGCUAAUGGAGAUAUUCCGGAGUCAUAUGUGACGAUACAUAAUAAGAAUACGAAAAAACUUGAGUAUGUUAGUAAUAUGGACCCAAAUGUAGAACCAUGGAUUUAUCCACUGUUUUAUCCUUUUGGUACGAGAGGAUGGCAUAGAGAUAUUCCGUGUGUUACGAAAUCAAAAAGAGUUUCACGUGCAGCUUAUAUAAAAUACAGGAUGGCAUCUCGAAAUGAUAAUAUAUUUUUAAUGGGUGGAAGAUUGUUUCAGCAAUGGGUGGUUGAUAAUUAUGUGAAAAUCGAAAAAGAUAGAAUGAAUUUUUGUCGAUUAAAUCAAAAAAAAAUUCGAGCUGAUACUUAUCAAGGAUUAAUUGAUCAUUUAAAAACUGUCGCAAAUGAAUCGAAAGUAAAUGUUGGAAAAAUGGUAAUUUUACCAUCGACUUUCACAGGAUCACCACGAAACAUGCUUCAGCAUUAUCAAGAUGCAAUGGCCAUCGUAAGGAAAUUUGGGAAGCCUGAUUUAUUUAUAACCAUGACAUGUAAUCCAAAUUGGCGAGAAAUUCAAGAAAAUUUAUUAUUUAAUCAAACAGCUUCUGAUAGACCAGACAUCGUUUCACAAAUUCCUGAUCAUAUAGAAAAUCCUAGACUUCAUAGUAUAGUGAUGAAAAAUAUGAUACAUGGGCCAUGUGAUGAUUGGUGUAAAAAUGAGAAAGGUAAAUGUUCUAAAAACUUUCCGAAAAAAUUCCAGAAUGAUACAUUAAUAGAUGAAAAUGGAUACCCAAGUUAUCGUCGUCGAAAUACUGGUGCUUUUCAACGUCAAACUGGAAAUAGUACUGAUAAUCAAUAUGUUGUUCCUCAUAACCCGAUGUUAUUAUUAAUUUUCAAUUGUCAUAUCAAUGUUGAAAUAGUAUCGAGCAUUAAAGCAAUCAAGUAUUUAUAUAAAUAUAUAUAUAAAGGACAUGAUGCAGCUUCUAUAGUUGUAACUAAUUCUACUGCUGAAGAUAACACUUCAUCAAUUUAUUAUGAUAAAAUUGUUAAUCAUAUAGAGACUCGGUAUGUUAGUCCAGUUGAAGCGUGUGAUAGAAUUUAUGGGAGACCUUUCCAAGAAAAAAGUCGAUCUAUUACACGCUUGCCUGUACAUUUAUCAAAUCAGCAAACUAUAACUCUGAAUGAUGAAGCAGAAGAAACUAUACGUAUGAUAAUGAAUCAGCAAACAAUGCUUAUGGAUUAUUUUGCGUUAAAUCAGCGGGAUCCGAUGGCAAGAAUUUAUACAUAUGCUGAAAUUCCAGAACAUUAUGUUUUCAAAAAAGGUUCAGGUAAAAAUGGAAUAUGGAAACCGCGUAAACAACAGUUCAAUGUAAUAGGAAGAAUGUAUUCUAUUAGCCCAAGUCAAGUAGAAUUAUUUCAUCUCAGACUAUUGUUAUUAAAAGUGAAAGGAGCAACGAGUUUUGAAAAUAUUAGGACUAUCGAUGGAGUUAUGCAUGAUACUUAUCGAAGUGCGUGCUUAGCGUUGGGUUUGAUUGAAGAUGAUGAAGAAUGGGAUCGAGCAAUGACAGAAGGAGAAGUGUGGAUGAUGCCUAAACAAUUAAGACAUUUAUUCGUACGAAUUUUAAUACAUUGUUGUCCAGUAAAACCAGAAAUACUUUGGGAAAAUUAUAAGGAUUCAAUGUCAGAUGAUUUUAAAAAAAAAUAUAGUUUAUCUCAAUCAUAUACGAAAUUAUAUCAUGAAAUAGUUAAGCUUCUUGAAAAAGAGAAAUCGAAUAUAAGUAAAUUUGCAACAAUGCCAUCAUUAACUGAAUUUGAAUCACUGGAGAAUUUAAAUAACGAAGAAAUUGUUUUACAAAACCACUCGGAAAUAGGUUUGAAUCAAUAUAAAACCUUGAAUAUAAAACAAAAAAUAAUAGUAGAUGAAAUAAUGGAUAAAGCGUUAUCAUGUAGAAAAGAUAAUUUAAAUUCAUGCUUUUACAUUGAUGGGCCAGGUGGAUCAGGAAAAACAUAUGUUUACAGCACAAUAUAUCACUUAUUACGAAGCAUUGGAAAAAAAGUUGCUACAAUGGCUUUUACAGGAAUUGCGGCAAUAUUGCUUCCAGAAGGAAGAACAAUGCAUAAUCUUUUUGCAAUGCCUGUUCCAAUAUAUGUUGAUUCAACAUCAAAUAUUAAACAGCAAUCAAAAGCAGCGGAAGAACUGAGAAACAUUGAUGUCAUAAUUUGUGAUGAAGCACCAAUGGCACCAAGAUACUGUUUGGAACUAGCUGAUCGAACCUGCCGCGAUAUAAUGAAUAAUAAACUACCUUUCGGUGGGAAAAUUAUGCUCAUGGGUGGUGAUUUUCGGCAAUUAUUGCCAGUACUAAAAAAUGAAAAUAUGAGAACAUUACCGGAAGAAUCAGAAUUCGCAAAAUAUAUACUAGACGUUGGAAACGGUACAUUAAAUGAUAACAAUGAUAAUUUAGUAAUUCCUAAAGAAUGUUUAGCAAAUAGAAAUGAUGAUAUAGUAGAGGUUAUUUUCAAAAAAAUAAUAGAUGAACGCAAGUAUGAAAGUUUAUCGAAAGUUGCUGUAUUAUCAGCCAGACAUCUUGAUGUAGAUAACAUAAAUGAUAGAGUGGUGCAGUUGUUGGAUGAAGAUACAGAAAAAAUUUUUACUGCAAUAGAUAGUACUGAAAAUUGUGAUAAUGGAGAACUUAAUAAUUAUAUUUUACCAGAAUAUUUAAACACGUUGAAUCCACCAAAUUUUCCACCAUAUGAAUUGAAAAUGAGGUUGUACUGUAUUGUCAUGCUUUUACGUAAUAUUAGUCAAAGUGAAGGUUUAUGUAACGGAACGAGAUUGCAAGUAUUAAGUAUGUCUAAUAAUCUUCUAAAAUGUAGAAUUUUAACUGGUGAUAAAGAAAAUGAUAUAGUAUUCAUACAUCGCAUAACUCUUUAUUGUGAAGACGUUUAUCCUUUCACGUUUAAACGAAGACAAUUUCCAAUUAAGAUAGCAUUUGGAAUGACGAUAAAUAAAUGUCAAGGACAAACAUUCGAAAUGUUCAGUCAAUAUCAAACUUUCAAUGAAUCAUCACAUAGUUCUACAAAAAAUCGAAAGCUUUCAGGGGUUAUAAGCCCAGAAAUAGCCGAACAUACAAGUCAAGAAGACAUUCUAACAAAACAAUUCGAAGAAUUACAUUUAGAAAAAGCUAGAAAAAUGGCGGAACAAGAAAAUAGAAAAAAAGAAGAAAGAUUAGCAAAGCAGAGAUCAAUGAGAAUGCAAGAGAUAACUCAUCGCAUGACCUUUUUGAAGGAACUAUGCAAGGUUGAUGGAAGUGGAAGUAGUCGUCAAAGUUCAAUAAAUUACAAUCAAAGUGAACAAGAAAUAUCAGACGAUGAAAGCAUAAGUAGCCAUAGAAGCUCAUCAACUAAUCGUAUGAAUGAAGAAAGUAGAGUAUAA